AUGGCCUUGGGGGAACAGGACACCUGGAUGACUGUGGCGGACGGCAAGGCCGCCUGGUCGGGCAACAUCAGCGCAGUCUAUCCAGCGUUCACCUCUGCAUGGAACAACUGGAAUAACAACGGCAUUGGAUACGUCACUCAAAUUGUUCUUGGGACGAAUGGAAAUUACUUCAUCAAGGGUCUACAUACAACCUCAUCGAGGUUGAACCAGGACAUCAUAGAUUAUGUGAAGCCCGGAAAUCUGCAUGCGGUCGAGGUCUGCGCGCUUGGGAGGUCUGGGGCUUAUGUUAUGCAGUUGCCAGGCCGAAAAGUGUGGGAUCUCAAGGGUCACUAUGGUAGCUUACAUCAAAAUCUGGAGAGAGGCGGGAGGAUCAGGAUCGCGGCCCUUAGCCUGACGCAUGAUCACUUUGUCGUGGUUUACGAAGAUGGGUCCGCAUACAUAAAAGCACCGGAGGUACAAAUGGCUUCUUGGAAAGAGUGGAUAACGAAGCACUUCGGUUCGAGCUGGUAA